AUGGCAUCCACACAACCCAUACCGGUGACUCGGGUCAUAUCACCGUCGCCUACGCCUACAGAAUCAUCUUCCGCACGCGACAGCUGCGUCACCACCACCACCAAGAAACGCAACGGCCGCAUCACCACGACCACACCAGCCAUCCAAGAAUCGCCAGAAUCCUCGGACCCAGAGUCCUCCCGCGCCCGACCACGCUCACGAAGCCCUCAAAUCCGCCGCAAAGAAUCGUCAAAGAAAGUCCCAGAGCCAAUAAAAACAAAUGGACAUCUGGAUCCCAGCAGUGCUGGCAUGGGAAGCAGCUACUGGCGCAAUCUAAGUCGUAGUCCGAGUCCGUUGGGCUUGAUUCCCCUGCACAGGGAAUGGCGCACUUUCAUCCACAGGCAUGAGAUUCCGCGAAAGGCUUUGCAUGUGUCGAUUGGCUUCUUCACUCUAGGCUUGUUCGUAAGCGGUGCCCAGACGAGUGCCAUUCACCCUCCGCUGCUUACCGCCCUGGUGCCCAUCUUUGCUGUCGACUUUAUAAGGAUGCAUUAUCCUCCUCUCAACCGCCUCUACAUUCGCGCUCUAGGUGCCUUUAUGCGCGAAUCAGAAGCCCACGACAAAUACAACGGCGUCAUCUCCUACCUUGCCGGCGCAUGGGCAGUUCUCCGGUUUUGCCCGAAGGAUAUCGCCGUCAUGUCUAUUCUCCUUCUCUCCUGGUGCGACACUGCUGCCUCGACUUUCGGCCGUCUCUGGGGCCGUUACACCNNCCCUCGCGUGCGCAAGGGAAAGAGUCUCGCUGGCACAAUUGCGGCCUUCAUAACAGGUGUUGCUGCGGCUGUGGUCUUUUGGGUUGUUAUUGCGCCGAGGGUGCCUGCCGAGUGGAGUACCGGCAUCAACUCUUUCGCCUUUGACGGCUCGCUAUCGUUACCGCCGGCCAUGAGAAACUUGCUCGGUUGGAAAGCAGCAGAGGCCACAGUGUCUGGUACGGUGGCUACUGCUAUCGUUGCCGUGGUCAGUGGCUUCGUUGCCGCAGUCAGCGAGGCCAUCGAUGUCUUUGGUCUAGACGACAAUCUUACCAUUCCUGUUCUCUCGGGUAUCGGAUUGAACGCUUUCUUUUGGGUCUUUGGGAACGGGUUAUCUUCAUGA